UGAGUGUGAGUAUCCAUACGUUCCAUGGGAAAUCUCCAUCUCCAUUCUCCACCCAAAAAAAAUGGCAUUUUUCUCUUCCAUCUUUUCUUCUUUCCCAAAUGAUUUCUCAUCCUUCUCCGGUCCUCUCUCGCUCCUCCUCUCUUCCCCUAGGGUCCUUCGAUCUUCUUCCCGGAGGACCCUUCUUCUUCCCUCUCCCCGCCAUCGCCGUCUAAUUCCUUAUCCGGCCGCCUGUACGCAAUUAAUCAUUGAUGUCAUCAUACAACUUUUUUUAACGCUGCUGCAUUUGCGAAUUUGAGUUUGAAUUGCGUGAUAUAAUGAUCUGAUCUGAUCGAUCGUCUUCAUAAUAUAGGAAUUGAAAAACCGCAGCGCAGGAUCGAGAAAUGAGCUGCUUCCCAUGUUUUCAAAAUAAUCAAAACGAAGCCGACAAGGAGCAGCUGGAGCAGCUCCCCGUCGCUCAGCCGAGAGAGCUCGACACGGACGACGGCGCUCCCAAAGACGAGGCUAGGGCGGCAGCGCCACCGGGUGAAGCCGCCGCCGCCGCCGCAGACAACAAGGCUGAAGCUACUGAGGGCGGCGGAGACGGUGGAAAUUCCAACGUCAAAACCUUCAAUUUCCGGGAGCUUGCCACUGCAACAAAGCACUUCAAACAGGAAAGCCUAAUAGGCGAAAGUGGAUUUGGAAAAGUGUUUAAGGGAACACUUCCAGAUGGGCAGGUUGUGGCUGUGAAGAAACUAGACAGGACAGGAGUACAUGACAGCAAGCAGUUCUCUGUGGAGGUCAUGGCUUUGACCGUGCUUCACCACCCAAAUCUGCUAAAUCUUGUUGGAUAUUGCGCUGAUGGAGAACAAAGACUUCUGGUGUAUGAAUACACUCCCAAUCAUAGUCUUCAAGACAAUCUUUUUGACCUUCCAGAGGAUAAAGAGCCAUUAGCUUGGCUGACCAGAAUGAAGAUAGCUUUAGGUGUGGCCCAAGGGCUUGAAUAUUUGCAUGAAAAGCCCAACCCUCCCAUCAUAUAUCGCGAUUUGAAAUCCUCAAGCAUUUUAUUGGACGAAAAUUUUAGUCCUAAGCUUUCUGAUUAUGGUCUUGCUAAGCUCGAGGGUGGAGGAAACAACUCACUUUUGGCACCAAAAACCGGGUAUUAUGCACCGGAGUAUGAACAGACGGGUGAACUCACGAUGAAGUCAGAUGUCUAUAGUUUUGGAGUUGUUAUGCUUGAGCUUUUAUCAGGCCGCCGGGCUUUGGAGCCUGAUAGACCAGUACAAGAGCAAAGCUUAGUCGAGUGGGCACAACCCAUUUUCAGGGAUCCAAAGCGGUUCCCGGAAAUUGUAGAUCCACUUCUGAAGAAGGCAUAUCCGAUGAGAAGUUUGAACCAAGCAGUGGGCGUUACGGCCAUGUGUCUGCAAGAAGAAGCAACGGUUCGCCCCUUGUUCGAUGACGUCAUCGCCGCUCUCAGUUUCCUCUCAGUGGAGACAAACGAACCGCUCGCCUCGUCUAUUCCGGACCCCGAACCUAAGCCAUCAGAGAAAACUCGCGGAGAGUCCUCCUCGGACGACAGUGACGGCGAAAGAGACGAUGCCGAAGACGGAAACAGUUCAGAUUACUCAGAACACAGCGACGAUGAAGGUGAAGAAGAAGAAGAAGACUACGACGACAAAGAAGAAGAAGACUACGAAGAAGAAGAGGAAGAAGAAGAAGAAGAAGAGGAGGAGGCAGAAGCCUCGAGAAAUAAUGACGAUGCCGAUGAUUCUUCCGAUGGAGACAGCGACAAGCUGAGUUUUUGUUACAGCGUAAAUAUGAGAUCCACCAGCAUUUCGGAAUCACAUGAUGGUGGAAGUCCCAGAUCAAAUUUACGGCAGGAAAGCACUUUAAAGUUAGAGAAUGAUCCAAGCAGUGAUGAAGAGAAACCUUAACAUCCAAAACAUUCAUUUUCUUCUUUAAUUCUUGGUGGCCAUCAAGGCAUCAAGGCUAUACAUACAUGAUACAUCCAUUUUGAUUCAAUUCGUUAAACAUUUAUUUAUAAAUAGGAAUUUACAACUGAAAAAUUAACUGCAAUUUCUUCAAUUCUCCGUCAAA